UGUGUAUACUUGUAUGAAAGUGUGCAUGUGUUAGGCAUUUGGACUCAGUUGUCAGCUCUGGAAAGAAGUGUUUUUGUUCUCUCAUUGUUGUGGCUUGGAGUGAGAAUGGCUUGGACCCUCUUCAUCAUGGCCUGCUGCCUCGUCGCCUUGCACGCAGAAGGUGCACCCACAACUGCAGUAUAUAAUUUUGUUAGGUGUCAGCCUCGAGGCAACAAUGCCAACUGUGUGACUCAACAAAGUCCGCAGAUGGAGUGGAGUCCAGAUCUGCCAAUCAAACUGCCUCCUUCAACUGUACCGUUCCUUGAUGCUCAGCCAGUGGAGGGCGAAGUUCCUUUGGGGACGACUGAGAUUGAGACUGAGCUUUCACAGUUUGAGGACGGUUCUGGCUCUGGUUCUGGGGACUUUGCUGGUCCAGUCUGGAGCGACAUCAUCUUUCCAAAUUAUGAACAGGAGAUGGGUUCUGGCAACCCCUUGACAGACAUGGAGCGACAAGAACUGGAACGGGUAGACUCACAAGCCUUCAGGUGGCUUGUCAGAAGGUCUGCAGGAGCACCGCCACCAAUUGAGGAUGAAAUCUUGGAAGUGUAGAGUUCUUUUCACAAUGUAACAGGAACAUUCUACUGCAAUACUACCUGGUGGCCACAAUUGUAUUGAUGCUGCUCUAACAUUAACCCAAACAAAAACAAAUUAUGAUUGUUUUUAUUACAUUCAUAUAGGACAGGGGUCUUGAAUUUGCGAUCCUGGGGCCAACUGCAGCCCAAGGGACAAUAUUUUGCAGCCCCAUUUGACAAUCGAAUCGUAGUAUUAUUGUUACCUGCAUAUAUUUUGCAACGUCAAAAAAAAAAAAAAAAAAAAAAAAUCGACAUAAUUUUAGAUAAAGUGAAUCAGUUAAGUGAAAGAGCCAUUAUAUAACAAUGAUAAUAAUUAUUAAAAAAUAAUAAUAAAACAUAAAUAAUAGCCAUCUGUAAUAAAAAAAUACAUGAAUAAUUCUAAAUUAAAUUAAAUUUAAAAAAAACUUCAAAAAAUAAACUAGAACAACUUGUAAUAUAUUGAAAAAAAGAAGAAUAAAGACAAAUUCAAAUAAAUGUGGCCUGUGUAUAUUUUGCUCUGAGAAUUCUAUUGAUUUUUUUUCUUUUUCAAAUUUUGUUUCAGAAAGCUCUUGUGACCGCACAUAUCUUAACUCUUUAGCUGCCAUUGGCUUUUUUUCCCCCUGACCAUUCGAUCGCUUCAGGCCCUUCCCAAAAUGGAUUGGUCGUCUAUUGCUGUCAAUAGAUGUUUUCAAUAUCAAGUCCCCUCUUUAACUAACUACCACAACACAUACUCUGUCAUUUGGGCUGGCAGUGAAUGAGUUAAGAUAAUUUAUAACUUUUAAAUAGAUGUCCACAGUAGUGACCACUGUCCCUGACAGGGUUAAAUGAAGUACCGCACAUACAUUUUCACACGGAAAUGAUGAUGUAAUAUUUCUAAGGGAAUUUUUGCAGUGCAAGAUUUAACAUGAUCUUAACAUAAUCUUGCUCAAUGCAACAAAACCCCUCAGGAAAAGUUGUGAGUUGAGUCAUAUUCAAAGUAUGCAUAUCAUGAUGCUCUGUUUUUAUUAAAACAAGAUUAAAUCCUGACAAUAAAGUGUUUGUAUUGUUUGUAUACUCCUAAAAGGUGCUGGUUGAGAUGACAAAUCUAUAUCACCGUAUCGAUGGUAAAUUAUGGAUAGUCAUCAUUCAUUCUGCCUGUAAUCCAACGGCGUAGGUUUGGUCUCAAUAUUGGUAGGGAUGUUAUAACAGCAUAACCUGCAUGUACACUUUUUGAAAUGUGAACGGGGUCAGGGCUACAUUUCUCGCCAAUAUGAAUAUAAUUAAUUGAUAGUCUAAAAGAUUCAAUGCAAAAUAAAAUAAAUCUGUAUUGAUUUAUACUAACUUUCACACUGCAAAUUU